AUGAGAGAUUAUUUGCUCCUGAGAGUUUUAGUUGCUAGCGGCCAGCGGUGCGGGGCCGCAUCUAAUCUCACAAUCUUUGAAUAUCAAAAUGGAACUACGUCAGGCCCAGAGCAGCUAUUUGUCACCCGAACCCUUCGCCACAAAAUGGCGGCCGGAGGGCCGGCCAAAUUGUUUUGGGAUAACAAAAUAAAGCCAUACGCAGAUACCUAUCUGCAAGAACUGUGUGCGAAGUACGCAACGGAGAGUUCUGUGGCACCAGCGGCCCUGGGAAUUCCCGCUCUGCCAUUGUUUUUUAUUUCCUCGAAAGGGAAUCCUCUAGACGAGUCUCGAGCAAGUAAUAGCCUUGCUCAGAUGGGUAAACAGGUGGCCCCUCAGCUGAAGGGGACACUGAAGAGUUCCCGUCUGCGGAAGAGCCUCAUUAGUCUACAACGAGGGGAGACCUCUGCUGCUGGGUCGAAGGCCCAGCUGGCCAAGCAAAUGGGGCAUUCGGUGGAAACCGCUGAACAAUAUUAUAACCUGCAACAGGAAGGUGAUGCAAACGUGCAUAACCUCAUUGAAAGAUUGACGCACGGAACCGAAACUGUGCCACUCAUUGACCCCCAACUAUCCCCUUUACCCCAGGAAGUCGAAGGUGGAGAGCAAGUCGAAGGUGGUCUAGAGCAAGUCAGUGGAGAGGAAGUCGGGGGUGGAGAGGAAGGCGGGGGUGACGAGGACAGCGACAACGACUCAAUUGACGAUAUAUCAUUCCUGAAAAGGAAUGAAAUCAAAAGGGGGUUCGGCCACUUGCUCCAGCCUGACCGAAUGAUCCUUCCACCAGUGGUGCAAGUGAGAAAGUCAAGGAACAAUAUAAUUAAAGACUUAAAGACCAGCACUGUGGUGCGAUUUCUUGAAAUGGAGAAGAAGAAAGGCGUAAGGCCUGAUGUACAGAAAGCGGAAUCUUCCAAGGGUUCAACCGAUCUUGACCUGCCAGCCCCUGUGAGCUCCGCGACAGACACUCGUUUGUUCACACCUCUGGAAACCAGUUUGAUAAUGGCAGUUUUGAACAUGCUUCCUCCGAAAGCCAGUGGCCGGGAAUGCCUUAGAACAAUUAACAACGACCAAAAUUGCCAGGAAUAAAAUAUUACACAAAGAUACACGCAACAACAAUUGGUUGACAAAAUCAAAACCAUCAGAAGAAAAGCUGCCCGGGAGGCACCAAAAUUCUGAGUGUAUAUAUAUAUUAUAAUUAGGGCCUGUUCAUAUGGGCAAAAUUUAUCCCGGUUAGCAAGAAAACUUUUCGACAAGUUUACAAGCGAGAUCUCGCCUUGGUAUAAAAAUAAUAUGAAAAGUUACACUGCGUUCAUAUGAGACAAAAAGUUUUCCCGUGCACCGAGAUCUCGCUUGUUGACAGGCGAGAUCUCGGUAAGCGGGAUAACUAACAGGAUAACUUUUACCCAUAUGAACAGGCCCUUAGUCAAUUGAUUAAGGUAGUUAGGGACAGGUAUAAGGGUUCUGGUAGAAUGGUAUUUGGGUUGCACAUUAUUAAAUUACUUUGUUAGGGGUUAGGGAUGGGUAUAAGGGUUCUGGGUUGCACAUUAUUAAAUUACAUUGUUAGGGUUACGGAUGGGUAUAAGGGUUCUGGAACUCGUUGCACAUUAUUAAAUUACAUUGUUAGGGGUUAAGUAUGGGUAUAACGGUUUUGGACAUAGAUAUCUUACAUACCCUAGAUAGCGCAUCUCUUUUAGGAGUUUGGAGUUUCCCACUCGCUAAUAAACGUUUAAAAACGGCAAUAACUUUCAUCAUUUUAAUAGAUUAUGGAGUCGUUAUAAAACCGUACAAAACUCAAAAGGAUCUGUUUUAGUAAUGAGGUCCAUUUUAUAUUUCAAAUAGAUCGGGGAAAAAUCUUUGAUUAUGGCAAAAAGGAGUCAUUGGAACAGGGACAGAAGUUCAAUUCCUUUUUGCAGCCUGUUGCUCCUGCACCAAGAACAACUAAUGUGCCUAAGAGGAAGUUGGACCAACAGUUACCACCAAUAAAAAAAAGAAAAAAGAAAAGAAAAAAGGGCAGAAUUUCUAAACGAAAGGAAGAAAGAGGGGGAAGAAAGUCUCCCAAAGAAUGCGAAAGCAGUGGUUGGGAUACAGAAGUCUGGACUUCUGACUUGGAAAGCAAUGAUCCUACUUUUGCUAACCCUACUUCUGCUAACCCUGCUGAUACUCCACCACCAUUAGUAAGACAAGAUGCAAUGCCAUCACACUAUUUUUUCUGAUAUAUAUAUGUAUAUAUUCUAACUAUUUCCCCAUGAAGAAUACAUUAUAAUGGAUUGUACACUUCGCAACCCACAAAUGUAGCUCCAUGAAGUGGCUGAUAAUAUCGCCAAUGUCACUGGAUCAGCGUUUGGGCCGGAGACGCUAUGCCGUACUCUAUAUAAAGGCUUGGAAUAACUCGUAAGAAGGUAAGCUGUGACAUUUUCAAUAAGUUGGUAUGGCUGUGGCAUAACACACAUGUUGUUUCACCGUGCCAGCCUAUGAACAAUGUCUAAUAUGUCUUAUAAUAAAAAAAGUGAUAAUUUUGAAAACUGAUUUCCUUUUCUCCAGAUACAGAGAGUUGCUCUUCAGCAAAACGAGAACCUCAGGCAACAAUUCAAGUCCGAAAUCAGUGUAUUUAGCCCAAACCAACUAGUUUUCGUCGAUGAAACUGGCAUUGUAUGUAGGCUAACAAAAAAUAAUUAUACCUGUCAUUUUACUGUUAAGAACUGAUCACAUUCCUAAUUAUUUGUACUUUUGUUUAAGGAUAAAGCGCUCCCUUCCCGCACCUCCCUUCCUUUACAUAGAAAGUGAAUAGUUAAACGCCCACAUUAGGUGGAGAGUAUAAAUGUAGAGAAAGUGUCAUAAAAAUAUCAUAAAUAAAAUAGAUUCUAACUGGAUGUGUCGUUAGUGUGUUAUUGAGAAUCUCGCUAUACAAAAAAUAAUGGCCGAAACUUCGAGUGAUUGCGGCUGAAAGAAAGCAAAAGUUGAUGGUUCUUUAGAUGGUUCUUCCGCUUCGCGUAAAUUUGACGGUGCUGCGCGAUUCAAAUCAAAAUUUCAGCCAUCCUGGUCAAAAAAGUGGCCUUGUAUUAUUGCUGUUCCUCGUUCACCAACUGAGUUCAGGUGUACGGUGUGCGACAAAGUUUGCAGCUGUGCUCAUCAAGGGGAAUCUGAUGUGACAAGACAUAUUCAAGGUGAAAAGCACCAGAAAAAUGUACGAGCUAGGACCAAUGCAGCGCCGUUAAGUUCAUUUGAGUUUAUUUCUACCUCAGAUCCACCGAAAGAUAAGGUAAAACAUUAACAUAUUGUUGUAGUAAUAGUGUAUGUAUAUCAGUGUAUGGUUGUUUAAAACAAUUUGUUUUACUUCUAGUGAAAUAAUUAAUUAUAAGUAUUUUUCUAAAAGCUUAUUCUAUUUUUAGGUCACAACUGCAGAAAUUAAAGUUGCUACACUCUUAGUUGAAAACAACAUCCCUCUAGCAUUUGCUGAUAAGCUUAGUCCAAUGUUUAAAGAGAUAUUUCCUGACAGCAACAUAGCUAAGAACUACCACAGCGCAAGAAUGAAGACAACGUGCAUAUUGAAUGGAGCAAUAGCUCCACACGUAAAACAGACAUUAGUUAAACAGCUGAAAUCCGGAGUUUUUAGCAUGUCAACAGAUGGUUCUAAUGACAAAGACCUCGACAAAAUGAAUCCAGUCACGGUAAAACUUUUUGACAUUAACACGUCAAGAGCGGUUACCCGUUUCCUGGACAUGGGAGUGACUCAGGGUGUGGAUGCUGCUAAGGCUUCUACAAUAUUUGAAGCAAUCGAUGAAGUUAUGACCGACAACAGUAUACCCUGGAAAAACUGCAUAGCCUUCUCUGUUGAUAAUACCAGUGCAAACCUUGGUCAGUUUAAUUCUAUUAAGACACAGGUACUUGAACAUAAUCCUGACUGUUAUUUUCUUGGAUGUCCAUGCCACAUUCUUCAUAAUACCGCCGGCAAGGCCUCUUUGCAACUGAAGGAAGUUUCUGGGUUUGACAUUGAUGACUUGGCAGUGGAUAUUUUUUACUAUUUUGACAAGUCAACCAAGCGAAAGGCUGCCCUUAGUGAUUACACUCAAUUUUGUGACUUAGUAUAUCGCAAUAUGCUUAAGCAUGUGACCACACGUUGGCUGAGUUUAAACACUUCUGUUAACCGCAUAUUAAGUGGCUAUGAAGGUUUGAAGUCCUAUUUCCUUUCAGAAGAUGAUGAAGAUUCUAAAAUCCCACGUUUUGCUAGGCUUCGAAAGCAUUUUGAAAACCCGAUGACUGAGAUUUACUUGAUGUUCUUUCAAACUUCCCACCUUUACUACCGCCAACGAAUUCUUGCAGAGAGGAGAGCCAGUUAUUCAUCUGCUUUUCGAUCAACUUGAGUCGUUCCUUAAGAAAUUGGCAGGCAAAUUCAUACGUAUUGAUGCCAUUGCAGCUGCAAAUAAAGUGUGUGAGAUAGAUUUCUCAGAUGAUGGAAAUAUAAAGGAAGAAGACAAGAUGUUUGUGGGAAUUACAACACAGGGAAAGAUGAUGAAGAUGCUCAAUGAUGGAGAUUUAGAUCCUCAAUAGGUAGAAUUACAGUAAUACUGCAGAAUAAUAUAUUUAUAGUUCAGUUCAGGCAGAUUAUUAUUAGUCCAUUUAUAGAGCAUAUUAUUCAGUGUUUCAUUCAUUCAGCCACCUUUAAUUAAUCAUUCUUUUACAUCUAGGUGCAAAGAUUCUAUGAUGCAGUUGGUGCGUUUUACAGAGCUGCUGCACAGUAUGCUGUGGCAAAACUUCCAUUUCAUGACAAAGUUCUGGAGAAUUCUCGUUUUGUUAAUUUUGAGAAACGCAGAGAGCAUGAAUUCACAAUGGUCGAUUUCUUUCUACAACGAUUCCCAGAUCAUCUAGAAAUGAGUGUUGAAGAGCAAGAAAAACUGCAAGAACAGUUCAUAGACUAUCAACUUUUGUCAAAUGAUAACAUCCCCCAACAUGUCUGGAAUGAUGCGACUGUGAAAACGGAUGAAGAUGGAACAGCUUGCCUAUUUCGAAUGGAUGUCAUUUGGGGGCAUUUGAACGCAACCAAAUCUGCUGAUGGUACACCUCGAUUUGAUUUGUUAGCGCAAGUUGCUUUAACUGUACUCUGCCUUCCUCACUCAAAUGCAGAAGAAGAGCGAGUUUUUAGCAUGAUUGGAAAGAACAAACGGGCAGAGCAUUCAAGCCUUCAGGUUAAAGGAACACUUUCAUCAAUAAUGACAGUGAAGCUUGCAGAUUUGAAUGCUAAGACUUUCACGCCUCCAGUGUCAGUCUUAAAAGCACCUAAAUCUGCUACUUAUGAAUACAACAAAGCACAUAAGCGCAAGCUAUAA